AUGGAAGCUCGACAAGAUUCUGAUAAGCUUGCAUGGGAUUGGAUUGAUGCACUCUGGGAAGAAGCGGUGAAACAUGUUCAAUUAUCGUCCAUAUGUCGCAAAAUUGAAUCUUUCGUUAAACGGACCUUCGGGCAAACCGCCACCUUGCUCCUUCCAAUGGUCAUCGGGGGCUUCAAUGUUCUUUAUCCUAUCAAGAUUGAAGGUCGCUCUGGGAAUGUUCUGGUGCGCAUGCCCUGUCUCAACCAAGCUGUGUUUCCUGUGGAAAAGACACUUGCAGAAGCUGCAACGGUCGCAUAUGUAGACCAGCGCACUCAUCUUCGAGCGCCCAGAGUCUUUCAUCACGGCGUUGACUCUGAUAUCGGGCCGUUCAUGAUUAUUGAAGACCUUGGGUCCCGACGAGGAAUGGGUCAAGCUCUAGAAGCUCCCCGCGAGAACCUUAAUAAUCCGGCCGUCCUCCAACCUGACAUCUCCAAAGCAAAGCUCAACAGUUUGUAUGUUGAGAUGGCAAGCUUCAAACGUUCCGAAAUCGAUAUUUCCGCUCGAAGGAACGACCUAUUAGCCAAACAAGGUCGAUUAUCAAGCUUUGGGUUCGCCGAAGAUAGCUGUCACCAGACGGCUCAGGCUCUUUUCGCCUCUGAUUGGGAAUUCGUCUACGCUGCGCCGACACAGUUUAUUUUGGACCCUCCUUGGUGGUUGUUACUCGACGUACCUGAGAUGUGGGGUGCAGGCAUUGAAGAUUGGAGAAAGACCUAUGAAACUAGACUAGAUCCCUGGAUUUCGGCAAUGCAAGAGGCAGAGCAAGAGGUGAGUCCAGAGUCUUUCCUGUUUUCGACAUACAUGCGUGAGAGUUGGACGACAGGCCGAUUUUGGCUCAACUAUGCCGCCAGAAAAAGUUGGGCAUUUGACACGAUCUAUUGGAAGUACCUGGACGAGAAUUUCUUUGGUGAAAGAGAAGAUGGCACCCCUGGUGAAAAAAUGUGGAAGACAAAGGUCCACCUCCUUAGUGGAAAGGAGCGAGCGGCAAUGGAGCGACUGGCACAAGCCAAGAUGGCUGAGUCCAAGACACGGGUUCUGAUUGAGUGGGAGGCAGAGAGCGCAAAGAAACAUCUUUCUCGUUUCCUCUUUGACUGA